GAAUGCAAUGUCAAAUAGAACCACCAGAGAGCACAGUAGUCUGGAGAUGCCUCCUCUUUCUGUUAGUCUGUGGGUGUCACACUUCUCAUAUCAGCACUCUGAAUAUUCCAUAGCCGUGUUUUGUGUUAUGACUUGACUCUGCAAGGCUGGAUUUGUUUUUUCUUGCCUCUGUUUAAUUUGUGUGGCUGUUUUGAACACAAAGAGGCUCCUUUCACGGGAAACACGCCGAAGAGCUCUUCAAUGACGUUGUAUUUUAAAAAGUGGACAUACUUUUUUUUUUUUCUUUUUUUCCACUGAAGCUGUGGAACAGUACAUGAACAGGAAGCUUAACUUUAUGUGGUUAACCAACCAUUGCAGAGCACUUGACUGCAUACAGGAAGUGCCUGUCAUUGAUGUCUAGGCUGAAAACGGUUGCCUGUGCACAUUCUUUCUCAAACACUGAGACAUUUGUCUUAAAAUGGCCCAAGGAAAGGAUCAGUCCUUUGCCAGCCGCUUAAUCCACAAAUAUCUAAAAAGUGGACAGGAGCACAAAGUGCAGGCGAGUGAAGUACCAUAUAUCUCUGAGUUUACCAUCACAUGGGAUAAGCUGAUGAAAGAGUUCUUAGCUAAAGCCAAAGAAGAUUUUUUAAGAAAAUGGGAGUGUCCUCCUCAGUGCACAACAAGCCUGGAUGAUUUUGAGAGGUUUAAGACUCUGGGUACUGGCUCCUUUGGACGGGUAAUGCUUGUGAAACACAAAGCAACCAACCAGUUCUAUGCCAUGAAGAUCCUGGACAAACAAAAGGUGGUGAAGUUAAAGCAAAUAGAACACACUCUAAAUGAAAAGAGAAUACUUCAAGCUGUGUCCUUCCCCUUCCUUGUCAGACUGGUGUAUGCUUUUAAGGACAACUCAAACCUCUACAUGGUCAUGGAAUAUGUGCCCGGCGGAGAGAUGUUCUCCCAUCUCAGGCGCACUGGGCGGUUCAGUGAACACCAUGCAAGAUUUUAUGCAGCUCAGAUAGUGCUCACGUUUGAGUACCUUCACUCUUUAGACCUCAUCUAUAGAGACCUGAAGCCCGAAAAUUUGCUUAUAGAUCAACAUGGAUAUAUCCAGGUCACAGACUUUGGCUUUGCCAAGAAAGUAAAGGGCAGGACUUGGACAUUGUGUGGGACUCCUGAGUAUCUUGCUCCAGAGAUCAUCCUCAGCAAGGGCUACAACAAGGCUGUGGACUGGUGGGCACUUGGAGUUCUCAUCUAUGAGAUGGCUGCUGGCUACCCCCCUUUUUUUGCAGACCAGCCCAUCCAGAUCUAUGAAAAGAUUGUGUCCGGCAAAGUUCGAUUCCCCUCCCACUUUAGCUCUGAUCUGAAGGACCUGCUGAGGAACUUGUUACAGGUUGACCUGACGAAGAGAUUUGGCAACCUCAAAAACGGUGUGAAUGACAUCAAAAACCACAAGUGGUUCUCCACAACAGACUGGAUUGCAAUCUAUGAGCGAAAGAUUGAAGCUCCUUUCUUGCCCAAGUGCAGAGGACCAGGAGACACGAGCAACUUUGAUGACUACGAAGAGGAAGACAUCCAUGUCUCGCAAACAGAAAAGUGUGGAAAAGAGUUUGCUGAUUUCUAGUGAAAGUCCUAAUUGGGGCUCUGGUGUUUCUGGACUGAGUUGAGAGUUAAAGUGGAAACGAGGCCAUUGCGUGCUUAAAACAAUUGCAGACAAAACGUCCACACAGCUGAAUGAGGUAUUUUUUGCCAUGGUCCUGCGUGCAGUUAAAUCUGAUCCACACACAGGCACAUUAUGCAGACACCCCUUGUGCUGCAACACUCUGUACCAAACCACCUUGUUAUCUAUCAUCGUUUGUCUUUAACUGUCUGUGUUUGCCACUUUUGGGUGUCUUCCCUUUCCUUAUUUAAGUUCCAUGUCCAAAGCAACAGGAAAACUACUAUUCAUAUGAUUUUUAAGAGGCACAAAGAGCGACCAUAUUAGCUGGUGGUACUCAUAGUUAGGCUAAGCAAGAAUGAAAGGGACUAUUUUCUAUUUUUUAUUAUUAAUAUUUGUCCGUUACAUGCCAGAGUGUCUUGUAGAUUUAAAUUCAGAAUCAACACUGUAAUCAUUUCAUGGUAAUUCUUAAAAGACAUAGACCAUGUACACUGUACUUCAGUCUUAGACGAAUACACUGGAAAAACGUAAUUUUUUUCUUGAGAGUAGGGCCAAACAAAUACAUUUAUAGUGGAAUGAGAAACGCAGAUACGUUUGUCUGUUUUACCACUUCAGUAUUCAAUUCUCGGAGACGGACUAACCCUGGCCUCACACUGCAUCCGGUCCGGCUGUGGUGCGGCCGCCGAAGACUUUACGUAGCUUGAAAAGUGAAAGAGGCACUCGAACGGCAUCCAGUCCAGUCCGGCCUCAUCUGCCGAAGCCAGACCGGAGCCGGACUGGAUGCAGUGUGAACCCAGGGUAGCAGUAAAUCUGGUCAAAGCAUUUUUUUUGUGUGUGUUUAAUAAUUUGAUUGGAAUUCUACAUUUUCCAUGCACAAAAAUGAUUUCACAGAGAAAGGACCUAAAGAUGAAGCAUUUUAUUGCGCAUAGUAGCUUUUUGUUUCGGUACAGUUUGACUGCAACUUGCUUGAUGACAUUUUCAAUAGUUGAAAGGUCAUUUUACAAGGUAUGUCAUGGAUGUGAAGCUAUGUUGCUCUUAUGGGCAGACUUUGUCCUCUUGGGUUGUGUGUGUGGUUUUUUUUAACUGCUUUGAGCAGAUCACUCCUCAUACAUUAAAUAUCUGCCGUUCUCAUCCUAUUUUUUAACUUGCGUUUUUAUGAUUGUACAGCAGUGUCGUGUUAUGUCAUGCUACCACAAUGUCUUGUGUUGUUUUUGGUUCUUGUGUUCUUUUUUCUUUUUUUUUUCCACAUAACUUGUGUCACAGCUUGAGACAUUAAAGCAGUAGAUGCGUU